AGGUGGAGAUCACACGCAUGCAGCAAAUUAAAGGUUUGCGUCGUCAUCGGAGCGGACGAUCGAUCGAUGCCCAUGGCUGUUGACUCAUUGCAGUCGUCUAAGCAGGUCUGCGUCGUCGGCGCUGGCCCCUCUGGUCUCAUCUCUGCCCGUGAGCUCCUCAAGGAAGGCCACUCCGUCGUCGUGCUGGAGCAGAACCACGACCUUGGCGGCCAGUGGCUCUACCAAGAUGCCGACGCCACUGCCACAGUCCACAGCAGCGUCUACGCCUCCUUGCGCGUCAACGCGCCCAGAACCUCCAUGGAGUUCACCGACUUCAUGUUCACUCCCGUCGAAGGAAGAGACGCCAGGAAUUUCCCCUGCCACCGUGAGCUCUUCCUCUACCUCAAAGACUUCGCCCGGUGUUUCGGGUUGACCGAACUCAUCAGGUUCAACACAGAAGUAGUCCAUGUCGGCUUGGCGACACCAACUCACAAAUGGAUUGUGAGAUCAAGGGACAGGAGAACUGAUGGUGGUGAGUUCGCGGAAGAGAUCUUCGAUGCUGUUGUCGUCGCCACUGGCCCUUUCUCCCUGCCCAGGCUUCCAAAAAUCAGGGGAAUGGAGGAGUGGAAGAGGAAGCAGCUUCACUGCCAUGUCUACAGAAUCCCAGAUCCCUUCCAAGAUGAGGUGGUGGUGGUCGUUGGUGGUUCAAUCAGUGGACCAGAGAUUGCUCUGGAGCUUGUUCAUGUAGCCAAAGAAGUUCAUAUAAGUACUAAAAACGUUGAAAUCCCUGAGAAACUAGUGAAGCCUGUGGCCAAGCAUGCACAUCUACACUGGCACCAAGAGAUUGAGUUGCUUUGUGAAGAUGGAACUGUUGUAUUUGCUGAUGGUUCAAGUGUAGUUGCCGAUACUAUUCUCUACUGUACUGGGUAUUCAUAUUCAUUUCCAUUCCUGGACACCAAAGGAAUCAUCCAUGUGGAUGAGAACAGAAUUGGACCUUUGUAUGAACACACAUUUCCUCCCUCUCUCGCUCCAUCCCUUUCUUUUGUUGGGAUUCCAAACAAGUUUAUCAUCUUUCGAUUUCUUGAGUCACAAGCGAGAUGGAUAGCUCAGGUGCUCUCUGGAAAGAGGAAGCUGCCAUCGGCAGAUGAGCUGAUGAAAGCAAUCGAAGAAGUCGAACGCCAUCAAAAGCUUGAGGAACCAAAAAAUUUCAUACAACUAGCUGCUGAAUUAUUGGAGUAUUACGAUAGGUACGGAGAUCAAUGUGAUUUUCCACACUUAGAAGAUUGGAGAAGAGAGAUCAUAUUGAAGGACUUGGAAAAUUGUUUAAACAAUAUUGAAACAUUCAGGGAUGAAUAGCAAGGAUGUGUCUGUGAUCUGUGAAGACUGUGAUCAGUAUUUAUCUGGUAUCAAUGCAAGGAGAUUUAUAAAAUAUGAUGUUAAUAAUAGUUGUUCAAUACAAGAAUCUGAAAUUGGUCCUUCAGUGGGAACAAAAACUACAGUAGAUUAUAAAGGAAAGGUAACUAAGAGAAAAGCAAUGAAACCAAGAAGUGAAGUAUGAGAUCAUUUUAUAAAGUUUACUAAUGAUGCAUCAAAUAUGAAAGCCAAAUGCAAAUAUUGUGAUAAAGAAUUUUUUUGUGAUCCAUAUAAAAAUGGGACAACAAGCUUGAGAUCUCUUAUUACCUCAUGUAAAAAACACCCUCAUGUUAUUGAAACAACUCAAGCACAGCUAAGUUUACAACAAAGUUUAAAAGAGGGUGAGGUGUGUUUAACUUCUUGGAAAUUUGAUCAAGAUGCAUCUAGACAAGCAUUAGCUAGAAUGAUUAUAAUGGAUAAACUCCCUUUCAAAUUUGUAGAAAGAGAAGGAUUUAAAACAUUUAUGGCUGUCCAAAGUUUCGAAUUCCUUCAAGAUGGACGAUUGCACGUGAUUGUGUUGAAUUAUAUGUAGUUGAAAGGGAAAAAUUGAAAAAAUUGUUGCAUGAUUCAGCACAAAGGGUUUGUUUGACCACUGAUACAUGGACAUCAAUUCAGAAAAUCAAUUAUAUGUGUCUAACAGCCCAUUUCAUUGAUAAAAAUUGGAGUUUACAGAAAAGAAUUAUCAAUUUUUGUCCAAUUACAAGUCAUAAAGGUGAGGCUAUUAGUUUAGCCAUUGAAAAUUGCUUGAGGGGUUGGGGAAUUAACAAAAUUUUUACUAUUACAGUUGAUAAUGCAAGUUCAAAUGAUGUUGCUAUCAAUAGUUUCAGAAAAAAGAUGACUAAUUGGGAUUCCACUAUUUUAAAGCGAGAAUAUGUUCAUAUGAGAUGCGUAGCUCAUAUAAUUAAUUUGAUUGUUACUGAUGGCUUAAAAGAUAUAAAUCAAUCUGUGAUGAAGGUCAGGAAUGCAAUCAAAUAUGUUAAGCAAUCCCCCUCUAGAUUAAGCAAGUUCAAAGAAUGUGUAGAGAUUGAAAAAAUUGAAAGCAAAAAUUCAUUAUGUUUAGAUGUACCAACCAGAUGGAACUCAACUUCCUUGAUGUUGAAUACAGUUCAAAAAUUUGAAAGAGCUUUUGAUAGGUUUGAUGAACAAGAUCCAUGUUUCAAAUUAGAUCUUCAAUAUACAGAAUGACAUGUUAUUUUGAAUGAGAAUGAAGAGAUGAUACUUGAAUCAGAUGAUAAACCUAAAAGAGAAUUGAAGACUUUUGAUAGGAAACUAACAAGUGCAGAUUGGAAUAAUGUUAGACUUUUUGCAUCUCUACUGCAAGUUUUUUAUGAACUAACAUUAAAAGUUUCAGGAUCUUUGUAUAUCACAUCCAAUACUUUUGCACACGAGAUUAGUUAUAUCCAUACCAUCUUGAAGGAGUGGCAACAAAGUGAUGAUAUUGAUGUGUAUUCAAUGGGAAUUAGAAUGAAAAACAAAUUUGACAAGUAUUGGGGAGAUCCCGAGAAAAUGAAUAAGUUGCUUUAUAUUGCGGUGGUGCUUGAUCCAAGGCAUAAAUUAGAUUUUGUUGAAUUUAUGUUGAUUGAAUUAUAUGGAGAUGAGAAGGGUGCAAAAGUAGGAAAGAUAAUAAAGGAUACUUUGUUUGCUUUGUACAAGAAUUAUAAGGAAAAAAUGGAGCCUCAAUGUGGUACUUCAAUAGUUUCAUCUAUUCCAGAAUCAGUUGACAAUGAUAAUACUUCAACAAAUAUGAGUAAUUUGAAAAGACAAUCAAUCAUAGCGAAGUAUAAAAAACAAAAGGCACAAGUUUUUGGUGAUGACAAUAUGUCAAAAUUAGACAAGUAUCUUAAUGAAAUAGUUGAAGAAUAUUGUGAUACUUUUGACAUUUUGGGAUGGUGGAAGCAAAAUUGUCACAGAUUUCCUAUCCUUUCUCAAAUUGCUCGUGAUGUAUUAGCUAUUCCGAUAUCGACAGUUGCUUCAGAAUCCGCUUUCAGUACUAGUGGUCGGGUACUUGAUUGUUUUAGGAGUUCAUUGACUCCUAAGGUGGUAGAAAGUCUUAUUUGUACUCAAGAUUGGCUUCGGUUAAGUUUGCAAUCACUCAACAUUGAAGAAAUUUUAGAGGAUAUGGAAAAACUUGAAAACGAUUUCUCAAAGAUCAUAAUGGACUCGUCUUUUUCGACGACACCGGUGAUAUAAUGAUCAAUGGUAUGUUUAAAUAUUAUAUUUUAUUUAAAUUGACCUCAAUACUAAGAACAUAAAGCUAUAUGAUGAUAUAAGUGUUGUUGUUUCUAAUUUGCUCACUUUCUGUGGUAUUAUUAUUCCUCAAUUUUUGUGGUGUUUGCAGCUAUAUAGAAUCA